AUGGCGUCUCUCGAAGCCAAUGAGCAUCAGGACGUGUUGCUUUCGCCGCUUCCCCGCUCAGAGACAGACGUGUCCCACAACUACUCCUUGCUAGACUACUAUGGCUUGGACGGCUUUGAUGUUCAGGACCAGAAGAGUGAAACUUCAUAUGUCAAGGUUCUGAAGGACGUUCCGGCCCAGGAGGAAAACGGAGACAUAUUUCCGCAGCCAGUGGAGGUUCAGCAGGAAGAGCCCGUGAAGGAGGUUCAGCUGAAACCGUCCAAACUGCCGCUUAUAUCCUUUAAACCGGUGGUGCUGGAGAUAGACAAGAACACCUUAUUGCAUAGCGACUUCGACAUGUACGGAUUCAAGAAGGACCUGUCGUUUUUCGACUCCUCGAAGGAGCAGUACAACCUGUGGUUUGGCGACUACGCCGACCAGCUAGCCCAGCAGAAGAAGAAGUGGCAGGUUCUACUCAAGAACAACGGAUUGGGCUAUUCCUCGGAAAGCCCCAGCAGAUUUCCUCCCAAAAGCGAUAAGGCCAAGAAGCUCGUGAGGAAGGGAAUUCCGCCCGAGUGGCGAGGCGAGGCAUGGUUCUUCUACGCUGGAGGCCCAGAACGACUCCACAAAAACGUCGGUGUCUACGAGAAGAUCGUCGCCGACACUGAGGGAGUCACCAACAAGGACACGGAAGUCAUUGAGCGGGAUCUCAACAGAACGUUUCCCGACAACAUAUACUACAACCUGCUGAUCUUGCAGAGCGAAAAGGUGGAGACCGAACGGAUCCAAUCAUUGCGCCGUGUACUUACUGCAUUUGCUCAUUACCAGCCACAAAUCGGCUACUGCCAGUCUCUCAAUUUUUUGGCAGGUCUCUUGCUUUUGUUCAUGAACGAGGAGCGGUCCUUCUGGAUGCUUGUGAUCAUGACGGAGCGGAUCCUCCCCAAAGUGCAUUCAGCCAAUCUCGAAGGCGUCCACACCGAUCAAGGUGUCUUGAUGCUUUGUGUUAAAGAGUACAUCCCACGGCUAUGGCAAAUUAUAGGCAAGAACUUCGAAGGAGCCGUGCUCUCAGACGAUAAGAUCUUGACCCGUUUGCCGCCGGUGACGCUUGUCACCUCCUCCUGGUUCAUGUCUGUAUUUAUUGGCGUUUUGCCCAUAGAGUCCGUGCUCAGAAUCUGGGACAUUCUCUGGUACGAAGGCUCCAAGACCAUCUUUCGCAUCUCCCUCACGGUAUUCCGUCUCUGUCUCGACCAUCCCCAGUUUCUGGGUGAAGAGAAACGAGGCGAUACGCUGGAACUGGACCAGAUCGAGCUUUUCCAAUUCAUGCAGAGCUUCCCGAAAUCCAUCACUGAUCCAAAUCUUCUCAUUGACAAGUGCUUCAAGAAAAUCGGCGGCUACGGUUUUGGCUUUUUAUCGCAAGACGAAAUCAACAAAUGCCGUGAGUUUGUCGCUCAGCAGCGCAGCAAGCUCCGCAACAAGGCGAUGGUGACGGCCGAAAUGAGCGACAUGGAGCGGGAGGCACUCAAAAUACCCGACACCUCUGAGAUUCACGACGUCUACGGUUUCCAUAAAUCCGUCAUGAACGGUGUGGCAUGGAACAAGCAUCUCAGCAGCAAGAUGAAGAGCAAGUUCCGGAAGCACCGUGGAUAG